AUGCGCGUUUCCGUCCUCUUUGGCUCUCUCGCGCUCCUGGGCAGCGUCCUCGCCACCCCCAUCCCCCAUGUUGCCACUGGUGUCUCUGGCAGGGACGACCUCACCACCCUUCUCGAUACCGUCCGCAACGACAUCCUUGAGAUUCAGCUCCUGGUCAAUGUUGACCUCGAGCUCAAGCGCGAUCUCGACAUCUUCGCCCCGGUUAGUGUCGACAUCAGUGGCCUCGAGUCCCUUUCCACUACUCUCAGCUCGCUUAUUGCCGAAGUCGAGGGCACCGCUGGUCUCAAGCGUGACAUUGACCUCUCUGGCGUUUCCGGUCUUCUCGACCAGCUUCUCACCACCGUCCAAGGCCUCCUCGACACCUUGACUGGAGCAAACCUGGGCGUCGCUGCCCCCCUUACCGUCAAGCGUGUUGACACUUCCGCUGUCACCUCGGAAGCCAGCGACGUCACUUCCGCUGUCAGUGGCCUCACCUCCGGUAGCCUUGGCGACGUGCUCAACUCUCUCUUGACCACCAUUGAGGGCCUCCUCAGCUCUCUCUCGAAGCGUGACACGACCGACCUCGGCGGCCUGUUGAACGACCUCCUCAAGACCGUCGAGGGCCUCCUUGGCGCUCUGGGAGGCACCGUUUCUAGCACUGUGUCGUCGACCACCUCGUCUCUCUCCGUCCGCGACACCCCCGACCUUUCGGGCUUGCUCAACGACAUCCUCGGUCUUGUUCAGGGUCUUCUCGGUUCCCUCACCGGUGGAGUCCUUCCUAGCGUUGCCCUCCCCAGCGUCGCCGUCCCCAGCGUGGCCCUCCCCAGCCUCGGUAUCCCCAGCCUCGGUGUCCCCAGCCUCGGUGUCCCCAGCCUCGGUGUCCCCAGCCUCGGUGUCCCCAGCCUCAGUGUCCCCAGCCUCAGUGUCCCCAGCCUUGGCGUUCCCUCCGUCGUUCCCACCGACGUCCUCCCCACCGACGUCCUCCCCACCGACGUCGUUCCCACCGACCUUCCUGUCGCUCUCCCCAGUGGUCUUCCUGUCGCCCUUCCUGGUCUUUAG